AAACCGCUCAGACUGACAAGAGCCCGGACAGAGAAGAGCACCGACCAGAAGCUGCUCCGUGAUUCAGUACAUCUCGUCGGUAUUUUUGUUUUGAUGGCUUAAUCUAAAAGAAAAAAACAAACUGAAUAUUAACUGAAACAAUCCAAACCUGCAAACUUGAAAUGGAAUGACACAUUUCCACCGGAGUGGACUUUUACAUCUUGUGAUCGAUCGCCGGUUGUUUAGGCACAUUUUAUCCCCUCUGAUGUCCACCUGUUACGGCCAGUUUCUGACCUGCAGACAGCCUCACCACGGAGCGUCAGAUAGACCAAACUACUACUGAGAUGGCCCGUGCAGAGACCAUCGAGAAUGUCGGGGAAACUGGAGGAAGCGGAGGAAACGGCCCUCUUCCUAGCCACAACACCUGCCGCAUGGAGCUGCCUCGGCCCUUCUACAACUGGCCCGGCUUGCUCACCACUACCAGCAUCUCCACCGGCUCUGGGACUGGCACCGCUUCCAGACACCUCUACCAUAACCACCACCAUUUGCACCCUUUGCAGGCUCUCUACCUGUCUUACCCACUGGCUUAUCCCCGUCCAGAGGGCUGGGGCGAGACCCAGACUCACCGGCAGUUACCUGCGUUAUCGCCAUCACCAGCGCCUCCACGCUUGCCACUCUGCAAUCGGAGGGAAGGGAGGAGCGGAGGGGCAGUUGCACCCAGUGCCUUCUCAGGAGAGCAGUCAGAAUCGUACAGAGAGGAACGCCAGGAGGCCUCCAGCCGGCAGGGACCUCUGCCAGACCUGCUGCCCCAGAAUGAGCACCCAUCCUGGGCUUCCCCACAUCACAGAGCCCCCAGAGGAGAGGCAGUGCAGGACCUGGAGGUCAGGAGAGUGGCCAACCAGCUGAGGACCAUUGGAGAUGAAUUUAACGCCACAGUCCUCCUCAGAGCGCACGCCGCCCCCCACUGGCAGGACUGGAGAGACGCUUGCCGAGGACUCCUCAACUUCAUCACCCAGACUCUCAGCACUCUCUACAGGCUCACUUAGAGAGACAGAGAGACGCCUCACCUGCGCGCACCGGGUACCAUGCCGACUUUAUACAUUCAGGACUUGGCCACGGACCAUCGGACUGUGAACGGAACAACCCCGACUGGUUGCUGCACUGUCAUCUAUUUGAACCCGGAGGAAUUACGCGGCCUGAAAAUCAAAAACGUUUUUUCUGGAACAAAGAAUUUAGUGAGGACGAGAUCAGCAGCUGGAGGUGUCGGCGCCGCCUGUGGGCUGGAUCGGGGAGCUACCUGUGGAAACUGGACCCCGUCUGUCUGUCUGCCUGUCUGUCUACCUGAAAGUCCGUCCGUCAGUCAGUCUGCUGGUACAGACUGCAGCUGACGGACCGACGGUCACUUUCCUACCUGUAUAUUUUGUAAAAACCACUUGCUUUCGCUGUCUUUGUCUUGGGGCUCAUCUCUCAGUCAGUGUGUGUGUGUGUGUGUGUGUGUGUGUGUGUGUGUGUGUGUGUGUGUGUGUGUGUGCGCAUGGCAGACGUGGGUCAAACGAACAGGUCAUGUAUACUUAGAUAUCAGCGCAAAAAAAGCUUUCAUCCAUUUUGGAAAAAUUGCCUACAGAUAUUUCAAAAUUGGGCUUUCAAAACCACAGAUGAGUCUGAUUGUAAGUGACCUGUUUUGGAAAUGAAGGUCUUCAUUAUCUUGUGGAGCUUUUUCAUUUAGCUUUAAUAUCAGCCACCAUUUUUCUGGAGGCAAUUUUUGAAAUAGAUGAUAUCUCUUUAAUUCUUCCCUUUGAUGAUGCAAAAAAAAAAAAAAAAAAAAAAAAACAGAAAACAGACUUGAUUUUGAUUUGACCCCCAUCUGAUUUGUGCGUAUUACUGUCGUGUCUUUAUUUUGCCCCUUUAAUUCUUAUAAACUGUGAAGCUGGAGUCUGUGUGUUUGCAUCGCAGGGGACAAAAAAAAAGUUGGGUGUUAUUCCACAGAGGGAACCUCUCUCCCAAUCUGAGACUCCUUCAUUUCAUUACACAACGUGCCUUUCUGCUCAGUGCUCUGUUGAGUCCUAAUCUCCAAAACUAGGACAAUCAGUCCCACACACACACACACACACACACACACACACACACACACACUUCAAGUGUUUUGUUUGCAAGUGGCAUUUGCAUUAGCAAAUGCUCUAGCGUCCGCAUGGUUUAAGGUCAUUUAAGGACAGAAAUAGCUUAAUCUCUGCUACACAUUUUGCCAAUGUACAUUCCUCCGUUAGUACUGCCAGUGUUGGGAGCUGGUAGCAUCUCGCCCGCCCGCCUGUGUCGACAGUGUUUAGAGUUACUUGACUGCUUGUAAAUAUUCUUUUGGAAGAUGAAUCUUAACUAAUUCAAUUUUUUUUUGAUGGACUUUAAAAGUACUUAUGAAAGCGAGAGAGUUCACUGUGUUUGGGAGAUCUUUUUUAGUUUUUCUGAGCGGCCAUUGGCGAAAGUAGAGCGGGUUUGAAUUUAAAUCCAGUGGAUUUGAGAUGGUAUUCGAUGAGUUAAAGAAAAAUAUAUAAUUUGGAUUUUUCUGAUUGUUGAAAAGUAUUUGAUGAUGUUUUGUAAAAAAAAUGACCCUUUCGAUUAUUUUCACUGUAGUAGAAGAAUAUGUUUAAUUGCUCAUAUUAAGAGCAAUAUUUAUUUUUGGAAUGUAGCCUGAAUCUGUAGCUUGUUUUCAUUUUUUUUUUACGUUAAUGUAUUAUUUAUUUUUGUCUUACAAUCCUGAUCAAAACUAUGAAUUAAGCUGUACUUGAUUUGCAACUGUUAAAACAGAUAUUUGAUUAAAAAAAAUGGGAGCAAAAGCUGUUAAAAUACACAUUGAAAGUGGAUACAUCACUUUGAAAAGCAGAACAUACAAAACCAAAUGAAAAUGUCAGCCUAGAAAUUGGAACCUUUUUAUUUUUUUGUCAUAAAAAAAAAUAAAUCUAUCAUUUAAAACGGUACUAUGUUUUAAAGUAAUGCUCAUAAUAUUAUUUACAACGUUUCUGGCCUCACUCACAUCUUGUUUUUGGGAAACAAGAUGUAAGUGUAUUACAGGAAGCCACAAACCUCUCCAGACACCAAAAAUGAUGUAUUGACUUUCCAUGUGUAUAUCAGAUGCAAAAGUACCAAAAUUCCCCCUUUAUUAUACUCUUUAAAGCACAAAGAAGAAAAAAAUCUGACUGUUAGCAAUACUCUAAACUAACUGAACUGAAAGUCCCGGUCAAUGAAAAUCAACCGGCUAUUUCUGAUGUAAAUUGAAUUCCAAACUGUUUGCUACUGGUGCUGAACACUCUAAAAAUAUACAUUCAUGUACUGUGACAUACUUUGGAUUAAAGUGACCACUUGGUGGAGCAUUUCAAUUUUAUUUCAGGAAAUAUUUGACUGAAACGUGGACACUUACUGAUCUAUUCCACUUAAAAUGGCUAAAAAAUUCAACAGGGAUUGGCUGUUUUAUUUUCCCACUCUCACUUGGCCUAAGCCACACUGUUUAUAUGUUUGUAGCAGGGCUUUUUUAUGUAUAAAGUCCUAAUAAUACCUGCAGAUGUUCAGCUAACAUGACGCUUACAGAGAACAAACCACGCUAGCAGCAGUAGACACUUGUUAACUGCUUGUAUAUUCAUAUUUUUAGAUCGGUUUGCUAGCAGUGCUUUUAGCCAUGUUCGCUGUCAUCACAUAGUAAUGUUAUGUGGCCCUGGUUCAGGGCUUGCCUCCCUCCCACCAACGAUGCUCAGUGUCAGUCACAUGCAGUUGCUGUUUUUCAACUUUUUUCUAUUGUCAACUUUCUAAAUGAAUUUUUGUACUUUUUUUUUCUUUUUUAUACAAUAAAGAUAAGGAGAACUACA